AUGAAAAUCGAAGCGAAAAUCGCCGCCCGACGACACGCCGGUAUGGCCAUCAGCAGCGAGGAACCGCUAGUUAAGGUUGAUUGUUUAGAAGAUAGUCGAUUUUUCUAUUAUUGAACUCGAAGUGGGCUAUAUUUGGGUGGGACAAGAAAAUUGUACACUUCUUAUACAUUUACAUUGGAAGUCAUUUUUUAAGUUUUUGAGACAUUUUUCCUGCAAUUCACGAAAAAACUCGUGUAUUCUUGGAAUUUGCAUAUUUCGUCAAUUAUUUGAAUCUUAUUACUCACUGAUAGACUUCGAUUUUCGGGAAAAAUGGCAGUUGAAUAGUUUUUUUCCGGUAAUUUGGAGCUUUUUUUCCUAGAUAGAGAACUUUUUUCCACUCAAAGAGCUUCAUCUUCUAUUUAAUUCUGAUAUUUUUUAACGUUUUUCGAAAUGUGAAAUAGGUUUCGGGGAUGUCAGGUUGCUAUCUCUUUCUUUCUCACUCACAAACCUUUUUUUUUUGUUCCGGCUGUCUCGAAUUUCUUGAGAAACUCAUUGUUUAACUUCCAGGUUGUAUCGAGUUCAGUUGGCAAUACUCGAAGGUUUCAAAAAAUGAAAUCAAUUGCGAAAAAAGUUGGAAUUGUAGGGAUUAAUACGUGGCAAUGGAAGUUGAGCUAUUCAAUAUGAAAAUUUAUUCAGGAAAAAAGUUAUGUCAACUAAAUUGUAUGAAAAGCUCUAAAAUUAGCUGUGGAAAUGAGUAAAAACUCAGGAAAUAAGUCUUUUUUUUCAGUCGGAAAGCGUUGCUGAGAUUGACAUUGGCGAUGUGCGGAAAUGCGGCGAGAAGGCUGAUGCGCGUCAGUUCGAACUGCUCAAGGUGCUCGGCCAGGGAUCCUUCGGAAAGGUAUACGUUUUCAGGAAAAAGGGCAACUCAAAAAUGUUAUUCAUAGAAUAAAUGCGAUUAUUUGAACUUUUCUUUUUUUUUAUGCCGUGAUUUGUCGCUUCUGGUCAAAUUUGGACGCUUAAAGUCGAUCAGAGCUGAUCUUCUAAUAGGAAUGAAGCUGCAGCAAUUUUAUUCAAUAGGAAAGACCAAUUUUUUUAUUUUUCAAAGUUAUUUCUAAACUAUCAUUUUUCUUGGCUCUAUAAACCUUGUAAAAAGCCGUUCUCUUUAUGAUUUUCGCAAUCUUUUUUUCUCUAUUUUCACGCCUUUUUCAAGAAAAUUUGAAUCGAAGAAAUAAAAAUGACGUGAAGAAGUCUUUUCGAGGACAGCAGCGUUGAAAAAAAAUUUAUUUGUUGGAGCGUAGUCUAUUCUAUUCAAUUCAGAAUGAAUGAAUGAAGCCGGCCAAUUUCUUUCUUUUCUUCCUCCCACUCUGAAGCCAAUAAAAUAUUUAUUGGCAAAUAUUUAUUCGAAAACUGUGAAUAGAAUGCAAGCUUCAGUUUUUCUUGUUUUGAAAAAGAAAAUGAGUAUUUCAACUCACUUUCCAUCGCAAUUGCGGAAGUCACUGGGAAAUUAUAGCUUUCCGAAUGAAAAUGGAAGUUAGGUAGACGAAAUUGAAUGUUUUGAACGUGAAAACGAAAAUAAUUUUUUGAAAAUUGUGGGUUAUUUUUUUUUCUGUGGUCGUGAAAAGACUUGCUUGGUUUUUUUAUCUUGAGUCCGCGCGCAAGUCGUUUUUUUAGUCGGACGCUAUGAACAAAAAAACCACAAAGGGUUCUAGGCACCAUUUCUGGAUUUAAAAAAAUAGACGAAUCUUGGGAAUAAAAAUUAUAAAAAUCAAAAAUAACAUGUGGAGAAACGGAACUCUGAAAAAUAUCUUUUUUAAAACAAUUUUUCCAGGUUUUCCUGGUCCGAAAGAUUCGCGGACGCGACGCCGGCCACGUCUACGCGAUGAAGGUCCUGAAAAAGGCGACGCUGAAAGUUCGCGACCGGUUGAGGACGAAAAUGGAGCGAAACAUCCUCGCCCACAUCUCCCAUCCGUUCAUCGUCAAGCUUCAUUAUGGUAAACAACUGGGUUUUAUAACGAAAAGAGUUUUGUACUAGGAAUGAUGGUUGUUGAGAAAAAAAUAGCCGCUUCAGAAAACUUGUUGGCGAAUUUGCUUCAAAUAGUGAACUCAGAUAGCUUUCAUGCUCUAUUUAUAAUCAGAUAACACUUAUUUUUGAACUAAUUGUCAAUUUUUUCUUCCUAGAUUCAUAAUUUAUGGUACCACAAAAAAUCGAAGAUGGUCUAAUUUUUUUUCAUCAAAAUGAAAUUGAAAAAGCCCUUCCGUUCCCACAAAUACUUAUUAAUGCGAGAACCCGCUGCGCCGCCGACUAUUCAAUCACAUUACAUCCCAUUUCCAUUUCCUGCCCAACAUCCAACGAAAUUCAUUGAUUCGCCUUGGGAACAUUGAAAAUCGAAACCCGAAAUAUUGAACAUGCUAUUUUUUGGGCUGAAAAAAAUAGACGAACAAGGGAGUAUUAUGCGCUCCGUCGCUAGUUAGAAACGAAUACUUUUUUUAAAACAGCUGUUUUUUUGAAAGCUGUUUCUCUAGGCUUGAAAGAUGCAAUUGAUGAACGGAAAUGAGAAACAAACAGAGAAACAAAUUUGCUCUAUUGAGGAAAUUUUCAAUUUGAGCAAACCUGAUUAGCUCCUGGAUUUUCCAGACUUUCUCUGAAAAAAAUUAAAGAACUUUCCAGCAUUCCAAACCGAAGGAAAGCUCUACCUGAUUUUGGACUUUUUGCGUGGCGGCGAUCUUUUCACUAGACUUUCUACGGAGGUUUUGCUCAAGAAUCCACUUUAGGUAAUAGACAUCGGAAUUUUCCAGGUAAUGUUCACGGAAGACGACGUCAAGUUCUACCUGGCCGAACUGACAUUGGCAUUGGAGCAUUUGCACUUUCUGGGCAUCGUUUAUAGGGAUUUGAAGCCGGAGAAGUUGGUUUCAGUGAUAUAAUCAGGAAAAAUGAAGUGGUAGCACCAUUUUAAAUGCUUUCUUGAAGGCAGCGUUGAUUUUCUGUUUUUUUUUACGGAAAAAAUGCUUGUUCAUAGGAUUUUCUUCGGAGAUUUUUUUUUCAAUUUCUAUGUACAUUUUCCAAGUUUACGAUCACUUGGAAAUGAUCUAAUCUGCGUGUUUUCGAAGGAAAAUUUCGAAGUAAACGCGUUUUUUUUUGUCCUGAGCGAUUUUUGAUCCAUUAUGCGAAGGUCCGAGGUCCGAUCAAUUAUUGAGAGAACACAUGAUCCGUUUUCCCUCUUGUCUAGAGCUUUUUUCUCAUGUUUCCUAUCUCUUUUUUGAUGUUGUUGUUUGGAGGAAAUUUUAGAGGGUCAGUUAGUGAUAAAACAAAGUAAUGGAUUUUUUAAAACAGUUGUUCUAAUACGCGAAAUCAGCUAGAUUCCGUAAAGAUUGAAAUUUUUUCAUUUCUGGAGUAUAGAAUCGAGAAACGUUUCCCUUCACCUCCUUCUAAAAAAAGGAAGCAAAAAAGAGCAAAUAAAAGCGGCAGAAGACGUGCGAUGACGUCAUCUCACGAGGCGACCCCAAAAAAGCACGAAAAUCUUUUUUUUUUCAGUUGACAUCAUUCCUUCUCUCAAAAAUACGAACACUUUGUAAUUAAUAUAAGCUGAAAAACACUCCCAUUGUGCUGGAAUGGCAAAUGUCAAUGAGAGAGAUAAAUUUGGCUCGCCGACAUUUCCGGCAAAUGACGUGUUGAAAAAUAUGGGCACGAAAUUGUUCUUUGAAUUAAAGUAUAUUCAUGUCCAAUUCUGGAACUUUUUUUCUCAGAAAAAAUUUUCUGGUAAUUGAUAUCGAUUCAAGUGGAACAAAAAUGGGCUUCACGAGUUUAAUUUUGUCCCAAGUUUCAAGGAAAAGGGUACAGUUCUUCCAAAGUGUGAAGAAAAAAAACAGUCCGAACUUCUCACAUCUCAAGGGACCUCUCUACGGCUCUUUGUGAGGACAUUUAAAAAAGCUUUCAUUUCCUGGGUUCUCUCUGAAACGAUUUGAAAUCCAAAACGCUCGAAUGACCACUUCAAAGACUCUCAAUGAGCUAAAACAUUCUUUGAAUCUUCUUGAGUGCCUGACCUGCCCAAGAAUUAGCAGGAGUUAACAAGUUUUUUCGGAAGUUCAGAGGAACAUAAGGAGCUUUGCAGCAUCCUCCUCGAUUCGGAUGGCCACAUCAAGGUCACCGACUUUGGACUCAGCAAGGAGGCGAUCGAUAGCGAGAAGAAGACCUACAGCUUCUGUGGUACAUUGAUAAUAUUCUUGUCCGAUGAAAGGGAAAGUUUUUCAGGAACAGUCGAGUACAUGGCGCCCGAAGUGAUCAACCGCCGCGGGCACUCGAUGGCCGCCGACUUCUGGUCUCUCGGCGUCCUGAUGGUGCGUUCCUUUUUCAAAAAAUGUAGCGCAAUAAGUUGUGUAAUUGUAUACAUUCCGAAGGGUCACAAGUUCGAUCCUCGCCCAGAUCCCAUCAAGGGGUUGAGAAAUGCUGGUAGUGGCAGUGGGAAACCACAGAUAUAUAAUCAUGAGAGGUACAAAGGCUUCCCAUGAACACGUGUUUCAUUCUGAUAGUUUGUUCUGUUCUUUUUUCCUGUUUGCGAACUUUGCAAGAAAAAAACCUUGCACAAGACUUUGCUUACGUAGAAACUUUGUUCAAACGGGCUCCGAUUACUGAUAUCGGCUUGCAGGAAGAGAUCCUUGGUGGUUUUUGGAAAAUUCAAGGGUUAUAGGACAAACAAUAGUUUUGAGGAACAACUUCAUGACAACUUGAUACAAAGCAAUCUGUUGGAAGGGGUCUUUGAAAAAAAUAGCCAUGAUUUCGAAAAUUAGCUUUUGCCAUGACAGCCGUAGAAAACGCUUGCUGGAACCGUCUUGAGAAAUGCAUGCAAUGAAAAAUGGUCAUAAUUCAGUCUCUCUGCUGAAAAAAAACCGAGAAGAAAUGGCCGUUUUUAGCUAUAUUCACGGUUAGACCUCUAAAUUUUAUUGAUUAUAGAUUAUUUUAUACAUUUUUUUAAAAAGGAAGAAAAAAUCGUCUUGAGAAAUAUUUAAGUCCCAAGAAAAGAGCUUUUGUCGGCUUUUUUUCAAAUAAAAGUGUUAAAUUUCUGGUUCUAUCCUUUUUUUUCAGUUUGAAAUGCUCACCGGACAUUUGCCGUUCCAAGGCCACGAUCGCAAAGAUACGAUGUCGCAAAUUUUGAAGUGAGUUUGGGUGGAAAUCAUAUUUCGACCUACAAGUACAUUUUUCCAAACGAUAUUUAACUUUUAAAUGCCUUGUGACCUUUGCCCUAGUGACUAGAGCGUUUUAAAAGAGAAAAAAAAAGAUGGAAAAGGUUGGUCGUUCUAUCAGCUGCACGUGUCCUGCACAUCCAGCGACAGUUGUUUCAAGUUUCAAACAAUUCUUUUCUUUCUCGGAGAUCUUUCGAGGGCUUUGUGAGGAGUUUGAGGUCAUUUUCGUGCGGUUUUCAUUGAAUUUGAGCUCGAGAAAUGAUAAAAUUCCGGAGCAUUUCAGAUCGAAGCUAACGAUGCCGCACUUCUUGUCCUCUGAAGCCCAAUCUCUUCUCCGCGCCCUGUUCAAAAGAAACGCUCAGAAUAGACUAGGAGCUGGACCAGAAGGCGUCGAAGUUUGAGCUUCUCCUUGUUUCCGAAAUAGCCAUUGACUUGAAGGAGAUCAAGCGCCACCCCUUCUUCGCCAACAUCAACUUCGUCAAGCUCCUCAACAAGGAGAUCGACCCGCCUUUCAAGCCGGCCUUGGCCACCAUCGACUGCACCAACUACUUCGAUCCCGAGUUCACGAAGAGGACUCCGAAGGGUGAGUUCGAGGAAAGAGCUGGACUACGUUAUUGGAGCAGAGAUAGUGCUUGAAGGGAAGAAGAGUUAUAGAUUGAAGUUUCUCAAUAAUCACAACAACAAGAGAUGCAAUUAUUGCAAUCAAUUAUUUGAAAAAAAAAGUUAUGGCUAGGAUUAUGUACUUACUUUACUUACUUUGAUACUUUGAUGGUCCAUCUUCGCUGAUGUUCUCAGCGUGGACCACACGUUCUCCAGGCGGCUCGGUCUUGCGCGACAGUCAUCCAGUGGCGGCCUGGAUUAUGUAUCAAAACAAAACGAACUUUAAAAUUUACGAGAAAUAUCCCACUCUAAAAAGCUGAUUUCAACCAGUAUCAUAGAUUGUUUGGUUUUGAGAUUGGAAUUCAGUUUGCCUAAGGCUAAAUAAGUCAUUCGAAUUUUUUCGAGUUUUAGUUCUAGCCACUUUUUUUUCUAGGUUUUAGCGACCGCUAAUUUUAUUACACCAACGAAAAGCCCCUUGAUAUGGUUUCCGGGCGGAAGUUCUUUCUUACUUUAGUUCGCCUUGAAAUGGAACUACAUUUAAGUUGAAGAAAAAAAGAAGAAAAAAAGUGAAAUUUGUCAAUGGAAGAGAGAGAAAAAAACAUCGCAUUUCAGCUUUUAUUAGAGUUUUAAGGUCUUAAAAACACCAAAACCUUUUUUUUCCUUAUUUAGUGAUGAAAAGAAAUUUGCUCUCAAACUUCAUCAGUCCAGAGCCGCAGUUUUUCUCAACUUAUGAAGUCUUUUGGACAACUUUUUUUGGAGUUUUAAACGAAUAUUUUUUGCCUUUUGCUUGAGAAUACCUAGUCAACAGUUGAUUUCUUUUUUCAAUGAAGAGAAAAAACGUUUUUUUUCCCAAUCCCAUACUAAAAACAGAUAUUUUCAAAAAUCCGUUGGAGCUAUCGGCUUUUUUUCAGACUCCCCAGCGGUUCCCCCAUCCGCCGCAGACCACGAGAUCUUCCGCGGCUUCUCCUUCGUUUCUUCGGCGGUGGUUGAUCUGAAAAAUGGGAAGAAGGACGAGAAGAGCAUCCGAACCAUUCCCAAGGCCAAAACCCACCCUUUCACCGAAGAUUAUAAGAUUAUGGAGGUGUGGCUCUGAAAAAAACUCGAUUUCCAAUAAUACGUUCCAGGAAAUUGGCCGAGGGGCCUAUUCUAGAGUUUAUCGGUGUCAAAUGCUGGCCACCAGGAGGGAAUAUGCUGUCAAGGUGAAUAUAAUGAAUACGAUCUUUGAAGAAGAAGAUAAAUUUCCAGGUGGUCGAGAAAGCUUCUUUCGACGCCAGCGAAGAAGUCGAUAUCCUCAUGCGUCAUUCUCAUCAGCAGUACAUUGUCAAGGUGCUUUAUAAAAAAAAAAGAGAACAAUUAUGAGUUCUGAAUAAGUCCGUGAUGAAGUGGCUUACAAAACUGUCGAAAAAAGGAAUAAAGUCAACUUUUGAUCUUAGGGAGAGAGUUUUGACAAAGUUAAAGUUGUUUUUGAAAAGGUCUGCCUUAUGGUUCUGAAGAGUUCGGAUUCAAAAAGAACGCCUGUUUUUUUCCCAACUCAGCCUAAACCCAAAUGGCGCAAAAACAAGUCUGCGCCUUAUCUCACUUUUUUGAACUGCUAAAAUUUCAAUAACUUGAACAAGAUUUUCUUUUUAAAGUUUAGGAAAGGUUCCCGCCAGAAAAAAAUGUUUAAAGCUUUUCAGACGUUUUUUGACGCCAAAAUCGACAGAAAUUCAGGCUCUGAAGAGACUCGAUAAAAUUUCAAUUUUCACUCAAUUUUACAAUUUUUUUGAAGCAUUUUUUAAUAAGUUGCUGACAGAUUCAAGCUUGAAAAAACCAAUUUCGAAACAAGUUUUAGUUGCCUUUUUUCAGAUUUUUGACGUUUAUGAAAGCGAUACGACGGUCUACAUUGUCGAGGAGCUGUGCCGCGGAGGAGAACUUUUGGAUCGGUAAUAGGCCUCGGAUAUCAAAAAAUACACGUUUUUCCAGGAUACUCGACAAAAACAAGGUGGCAACUGAACGCGAAGCCGCGGCGAUCAUGGCGAACCUGGCGACGGCCGUCCAGUAUCUGCACUCGCAACAGGUACGUUUCCGUCUUUAAAUUUCGCGGUGAUGCUCCAGCCGUUUGGGCCAAUUAUCGGAUUUCCCAGGGAAAAGGACUUUCUCAGGGUUAAUUUUGUAAACAAAUUCGACUCAGGGACUGGGAUUGAAUUAAAAAGCGUUUUGAAAGGGGCUUUGUUCUGAAAAAAUCUUAUUAAAAAGCAAAAGAAUGUGUGCAACGUUUGGAAUCCCAGGUUGUCCACCGCGAUCUGACCGCCUCCAACAUCAUGUUCUCGUCGGAGCUGAGCGAUCCGGACGGCGUUCGGAUCGUCGAUUUCGGGUUCGCCAAGCAGUCCCGAGCUGAGAACGGCAUGCUCAUGACGCCUUGCUACACGGCCCAGUUUGUGAGGAAUCUCUAUUCAUUUCCGUCAAUCUAUCGUUCGGCUGUUAUAGAUAAAAUCUCAGCAAAGUUUCUUCAUAUUUCAUGUGCAACUUCCUUUCUUACUUAGUUUCACAAACUCUCAUUCGUGAACUUUACACAAUGUCAUGCUCUUCUCAGGUGGCGCCGGAAGUGCUGCGUCGCCAGGGCUACGAUCGGUCGUGCGACGUCUGGUCCCUCGGCGUCCUGCUCCACACGAUGCUCUCCGGAGGAACUCCCUUCGCGAUGGGUCCUCACGACACGGCCGAGGAGAUCCUGAAGCGCGUCGGCGAUGGUCGCGUCCGCAUGGAGGCUCCUGCCUGGGCCACCAUUUCCGACUCAGCCAAGGUCUGCACUGAAAAUCAGAAAAAGCUAGAAGAGCUGUUCCUGAGAAGAUCUUCUGAAGCCGUCUGAAGUUCACAAGGCUCAAUUUCGGGAGAAAAAGACUUUGUAUUUUGCUAAAAAUUUUCUCCUCAUCCCUAACUCAUGAUUUUACAAGUCUUUGGGAAAUUGAGCAUGACAUAAAAAACGAAGGAAGGUUACUGUCAAAACAAUUUUGAUGAAAUAUCAAUUGGAAGAUUCUCUCACUCGAUGGCACAGAAAUCCCAACAAAAAUUGACUUUUUUUUAGGCGAAAAUCAAUUUUUUUUAAUGGAUUAUUUUUGCUGCAGAGUCCUGAGAGUUCUUUCAAAUUUCUUCGCUUACGUAUAUUUCUAUUGUUGUUUUGAGAAUUUUUAAGAGAACAAAUUUUUUGUAAAAAUUGAAAUUAUCAAGAAAAAAAAACAUUUUCCAGGAUCUGGUCCGAAAAUUGCUUGACGUGGACCCGAACCGACGUCUCACCGCCAAGCAGAUCCUGCAGCAUCCCUGGAUUCAGCGCCGCGACGUCCUCUCCGACAACGCGAAUCCAAAAGAUCAUUUCGAGAUGUCCGAAGUCAAGGUAAAAGGGAAACAUAAAUGAAAACGGGAACUUUAGUUUAUUUCAUGAAAUUUAGUUCUUCAAAUAUUUUUUUUACAAGAAAUACUCAUUUCGAAGAACAUUUUUGCUUAGUUGGAGCUCAAAAAUUGAUUUUGUAGAAAGCCCUGAAGCAGACCUACCGAGCCUUGAACUGUGUCCCGUCGGUGUCCCUCUGCCCGGUCAACGCCUCGGCUUUGGCCAAACGACGCCUUCAUCAGAACGUUCUGCAGUCGAACAACGUCAUCAACAACUCUUGA